AUUAUAAUUUGAAAUUUAUCUUAUUUUUCUCAAGUUAGAAUGACAUCAUUUCAUUUGAAUUAUGCACGUAUGUAGAUAAAUCAGAAUCCUUUCUUUCCAUUUUCAUUUGGCUCCAAAACUGUGGUAGAAAACCAAGAAGAUACAGAAAAGGCAUCGUAGCAGCAAUGUAUUGCGGAAUGCUUUGGUGUGUUGCGCCCCAGAUGCUAACACAGAUAAUAAGUACUAUACAGCAAAUAAGAAACCAUAAUGUGUAAAGAAUAUUCGAAUGUUGAGGAGCUUUCGAUCGUCGUAUAAAGAGGUAGAAAACAACAAUAGUAUGCAAUGAACAAUACGUUGAAAGGAGUGAAAACAUUGCAAUAGUACCUGUCAGAUGAAGAGAAAUAUUAUGAUCUAAACUCACGAUGGCCAUGAUCAGAAGAAAUACGGAUGCAAUAAGUGCUGUAGCAUGGAUAACAUAUAGAAUAGCACGAUGAAUAAUAGAUUGUGAUUGAAAAAGAAAAUGAAGUCGACCAAUAAGAAUUAAUAAAAAUUGUGGGGUCAAAAUGACAAAACCAGAAACAAAAUAUUUAUAAGCAGGACCCGUACCAAGUACAGGGUCGGAAAGAAUAUUAUUCAAGGGGGGUAACGAUAUAAUCCCGAAUAGGAGGUAUGAUGAAUUUUAUACCAAAUGAAAGCCCGUGAAAAACGGGGUUGAGUGAUGCUAAAUACAAAGGCUUUGGAAAACUUUCAUACAUCAAACCCAUAAAAAGACUGCGUUUUGUUGAAAAAAAAUCAUUAUAACUCAUUUUUAAUGAGUUUCAAGAUAUUGAAAAUGAAGAGUUUUAUAGGAAAAAAAUCACAGAAGGUUAUGGUAACGAUUAGAAAACACAACUAUAAUUCAGAAAACAAGAUGAUUCUCUUGCGUUCUUUUGUUUACUACUUGUAAUUUUAGUUGUUCUAUCAAAGAUUUUUUUCUUUUCGUUCUGCACGAAAGUCAUAGUGGAGAGAAAUUUUGGAGAUAUAUCGUGGGAUAUAAAAGAUAAUUUUCUUAUCGAUAUAUAUCAUAAUAAAAUUCAUCGUCUCGUUAAAUCAUCACACUUUUGUUAUUUCAAAUGGCUGGUGCUUAUGAUACUGAACAACAGAGAAUGAUUGACAGGAUCAAGUGCAUCGCUUUUCGUGAAGCUCGCGAUGCUGGUGCAACAUUUAUAAAUAGACAAUGGAUUGCGGACAAAAUUCAUCGCACAACUCGAUUUGUCUCGGAGUGAUGGGAAAAAUCAUAUGACCAAUGCUUUGCUGAUUAUUCAAAUGUUGGUGCUAAACCUAAAUUAUCAGAAGCUAGUCGAGAAAUUAUUUGUCAAGCAAGUGGUCAACAAAGAAAAAGCGGUCCUGUUGUGGCAAAGGAGAUUGCAGAAAAGCAAAAAGAAUAUGCCACCGGAAGAACAAUUAAUAAUUACCGUCACAGAGAAGGAUUAAAACCAUUUCAUGUUAUUCCAAAACCGUUAAAAUCUGAAACUCAUAUAUCAGAUCGAUUAUGGCUCUGUGACUGGUUAAAAGAUUGGACUGUAGAAGAUUUUCUUCAUCUGGCACCAUCUGAUGAAUUUUAUAUUUGGACUGUCCGUCGACCAAAUUAUCAGAAUGAUAGGAUCUGGGCGAAAAGUAUUGAAGACAUUACUGAAGAUGAAAGAUAUCGUGAAAUGGUAAAAAACCAAUCAUGUGUUGGAGUUUUUAUAAUGUUUACUUGCAAAAGAUUACUAUGGAUUAUCAAAGAUAAAGGGGAAUCUCGGACAGGUCAAUAUUUUCGCGAUAUUGUUUUGAUUGAAAAUGUAAUUCCUUUUUUAAAAAAUGAAGAAAAUGUUAUUGAUCCUGAUGAAGUUAUAUUUGUUCACGAUAAAGCACCGUGUAUGCGAGCAAAUAAAACUCAACAUUUACUCCAAGACAACGAUGUCAAAUUUUGGGGUGAUGAUAUCUGGCCAGGAAAUUCACCUGAUCUCAAUGUGGCAGAACACAUCGGAUCAGUAAUCAAAGAUGAAGUUGAAAAAAAAAUGUCUUCGGAAAGUGGACAUAAUCGAUAUCUUGAAGGAACGCUCAAAAUGCACGUCGCAAAUGUUUUAGCAAGCAUGGAAGAAGAUACUGAACUAUUCGAAACUCUUCUAUGCUCAUAUCCAUCUCGAUUUCGUGCUGUAAAAAAUGCUAAUGGUCGUCACACAGAUUAUUGA